AUGCGGCCAGCGGGCCACACAUUUGACACCCCUGUGUUAAAGGAUUUGAGCUUCCUCAAGAAGUGGCGCCUGCUCGGCCCCUUCUGGUCCACAGCAUCAGUGUUGGGUCAAAGUGGUAGGUGGCUGCAGGGCCAGAAGCAGAGGUCCCAGCUGCAGCAGCACAGAGAGCAGGAGGCCCGGCGUCUGGACCAGGAGAGGAGGCUGCAGGCCAGCCUGAGGAGGGAGGAGAGCCUGCAGGAGAGGAGGCUCCUGCGACAGCUGCAGCUGGAGGCCACACACACGGACAGCCUGGACGAUACAGAAGAGAAAAUAGACAGGCAAAGGCAGCUUGAACAAGAAGAGCGAAUGGCCAAAGAGCUGGCCCGCAUCAAAUAUGAGAAGCAAAGAGAAGAGAAAAUGAGGCAGGACAUUAUAAAAAACAGCUCGGAGCUUCAAAAGCUGGAGUCAAAGUUGAAGACUGCAUAUCUGAACAAAGACAUAGCUGCUCAGGUUGCUGAGAAGGAAGCUACGAGACUUGAAGCUAUGCGUAAAGAAGCAGACUUUGUUCGUAAGAUGAAGAGUGAAUAUGAGCGAGUAACGGUUGAACAGCUGAAGCUAAAGGAGAAACAUGAGGAGGAGCUGGUGCAGCAUCAGAGAGCGCUGGACCAGCAGCUCAUGGAGAAGGAGCGCCAGAGACAAGAAGACUAUGAGGAGUUCCUCAAAGAGAAGCUCAUGGUGGACGAAAUUAUCAGGAAAAUUUAUGAGGAGGAUCAAAUGGCGCAACAGCAGAAGCUGGAGAAGGUCCGAGCCACUCAGCAGGACAUUGACGAGUUCAGAAGACAGCAGGCUGAGUGGAGGCGCAUGGAGCAGGAGAAGACGGAGGAGGAAAACAGACGCAUCAUGGAGUUUGCGAGGCAAAAACAGCACAUGGAAGACACCAAAAUCACUAAGAUGAAGGAGAGGGAAGAAGCCAUGGAGUAUUGUCGUAAAAUGGUGUGCGAGAAAAUUGAAAGGGACAGACAGGAGCGUGAAGAGAUGGAGCGUCUCCGUGAGGAGCUGUAUUUAGAGGAACAAGAGGAGGCAAACAGGCAGAGAGAAAUUGAAGAGAUGGAGAAAAAAAUCAGAGAGAGGCUCAUGAUGCAGCAGACCUGCCAGGAGCAACUGGCUCUCCAAGAGAUGCGGAGAGGAGCAGAGAAAGAGGAAGACGAGGCCUUUAAGAAAAUGUUGAUGGCCAAGUUUGCAGAGGAUGAUCAAAUUGAACAAAUGAAUGACCGUAAACGACGCAUGAAGCAGCUCGAACACAGGCGUGAGGCGGAAAAACUGAUGGAAGACAAAAGACGUCAGCGUGAAGCAGACAUGGAACUGGAGGCUAAAGAAAGAGCCAUUGAGCAGGAGAAAGAGGCGCUGCGUAGGCAGAUCAUUGAAGAAGAGAGGCAAAAACUUUUGCAGCGUCACGCAACAAAACUCCUUGGAUACUUUCCUAAGGGCUUGCUCCAAGAAAAAGACCUGGAACACUUGGAUGAAGAUUUCAGAAAAAACUUUAAAACACAUUCGGCUGAUCUGUUCUGUGAGGAAGGUUGGGAUGAAGAUGAUGAAACGUGUCUCCUCCAGUUCUCCACUAGGGGGCAGUGUGUGGUUCUGCAGUGGGUUUCCCCCCGCGGAGGCGUAGCGUUCUUUCGACGGCCCCGGUGUUCCCGCGCCCCCGUGCCCCCGGCCCCGGUUUCCCGCGCUGAGCGGAGGAUGACGGAGUCUCCGGCCGCCUGA